UACGCCCGCUUGCUUGUAUUAUACCGAAGCGAGCGGCCAGAAUUGCUGCUGGCCGUAGGGGGCGAAUCAAAAUCGGCGGGGGCGAGACAUCGGAGCACAGCAUGUCGGAGGAGCAGUUCCUCGGCGUGGCGGUGGAAGCCGCCAAGAGCGCCGGCGAGAUCAUCCGCAAGGGAUUUUACCAGACAAAGAAUGUGGAGCACAAGGGCCAGGUGGAUUUGGUGACGGAGACGGACAAGGCCUGCGAGGACUUCAUCUUCAACCACCUCCGGAAGCACUUCCCGGACCACAAGUUCAUCGGGGAGGAGACGUCCGCGGCGCUCGGCGCCACCGCCGACCUCACAGACGAACCUACCUGGAUCGUCGAUCCCCUCGACGGCACCACCAAUUUCGUCCAUGGUUUCCCCUUUGUGUGCGUCUCGAUUGGCCUCACCAUUGGGAAAAUUCCCACCAUUGGAGUCGUUUAUAACCCAAUCAUGAAUGAGCUUUUCACUGCGAUUCGUGGAAAAGGUGCUUUUCUGAAUGGCUCUCCAAUCAAAGCAUCAUCUCAAGAUGAGUUAGUGAAGGCUCUUCUGGUAACAGAGGUUGGAACCAAAAGAGACAAGAACACUCUGGAUGAUACAACCAGUAGAAUCAACAAGCUACUAUACAAGAUUCGAUCCAUACGGAUGUGUGGCUCUUUGGCGUUAAACAUGUGCGGGGUUGCCUGUGGUAGGCUUGAUUUGUGUUACGAGAUGGGAUUUGGUGGCCCCUGGGAUGUUGCUGCUGGAGCUGUGAUCCUUCAGGAAGCUGGGGGCCAUGUUUUUGAUCCAAGUGGGGGAGAAUUUGAUCUGAUGUCACGAAGAAUGGCGGGAUCUAAUGGCUUGCUGAAGGAUAAGUUCGUCAAGGAAUUGGGGGAUACCAAUUGAAACGACUACUACCAUUAUUCCUGAAGUAGAAUAAGUACAAUAAGAUUACCUUGCCGUAACAAUAAUACCAUAUUGUUUCGGCAAAUUUUUCCAUGUAAUUCUACACAGGGAGCAGUGGCUUGCACAACAAUCUUGGAUUCAAUAACAUUUUGCUGAUUCGCGCGAUUACAUGGGAAUGAGUAGGUUGAUGCAAUAGUGCCA